AUGCAAGCUGGUAGCAAUGACGACGCGGUGGCGGCGCUUCGCCGGCUCGAGGACGCUGCAGUCGAGAUGCACACUGACUUCCGACGAUUGCGACGGGCAAUUGCGGUGCAGCAGCGCCAUGCAUCAGCUCUCCUGGCUCGGGACCCGGAGGCUGCUGCAGUGGGUGUUGCUGUUGGUGCCGUCACCGCACCACUUAGCCACUCGCAUUUUCAGCUCGAGACACAACAGAGACGCGACUUGGCGGCGCGGCACCGACGCGUGGCGGCACUGCUGCAGCGGAAGGCGCUGUUGGGGGAGUUGUGGGAGCGGAUAGUGGUUCGCGAAUGGUACCGUCCAGCUGUAGUUGAGGGUUUCUUUGCCCACACCAUGGCGAGCUUGGCGGCGCUUGAGCGUCGCCUUGACCGUGCGGCAGCGGCGCUGCGGCCAGGGCGGCGUGUACGCACUGCGGCUCCAGCAGCAUUGACAACUCUCGGCGUAACAGAACAACUGCAGCAGCCAUCACAAUCACAACAACAACAACAACAGAAUGCGGGAAACAGUACGUCAGCUGCUCCUGCUGCUGCUGCAGGAGUGGAGCAACUCUGGGUGAGGCGGAGGCGGCAUCUUCGGACAGUCAUCAGUCUGUCCAUCAAGGUCGUUGGAGAGUAUGUUGAGCAACGCGAUAAUAUCAGUAUCAGAAACGAAGCCAAUGACGACGCAAGUGACGACAUGUCCCUUUAUUCCGUCUCCUUCACGGUGGAGGAUUUGUCGGAGGUGAUCCAGUACAUUCUCACAAGUGCGGCAGCGCGACAGCAGUGCCUCGGCGCUGCAUUCACCGCUGUUGCCCAGACGCCAGUGUUCCUUCAGGCGCUCCAGUCAUCACCGCUGCUGCAGCGCCACGCCGAUGCGUUGCGGCUGUGCAACUACCGCUCUGUUCGCCCACUGUGGUGCCGUCACGCGCACUACGCUCAGGCUGUACUGUCCUUGUUGCAGGAGAAAUCCCGCACGACGAGCGACAUGCUUGUGGAGCGGCGCCUGCAGCGGGAGCGUGACGAGGCGCGGUGGCACAGUCUGCGCGCGGCUGUUGUUGCGACGCUGCCGCUGCACCCGCACGACGGUGCCACUGCACGCCAGUCGGCGGAUGACAACACUCCACAGACACGCGCCGAUGCCAUGUUCGAUGCAAGCGAAUGCCCGUUGUGGCUUGUGGUGAACGCGUUACGGCAGCAGCAGGCUGAGGAAGAUAAGGUGGUGGAUGCCGCUGGCAGUUGA